GGCUUUAAAACGUGAUUAUAGUCCAUUAAAUGAAUAAAUAACCAGUAAUAGAGGCGAUGGCUUCAGGGAGGUCACGCUACGGACGAGCUCUGUAGCCAAAGAGUGUUUAACACGUCAAAGAAUACAUCUUUUACGCAGGCAAUAAAUAGUCAGCUAAUAAGAAUGACUGAUUCGGCAUUUUGUAGUAAUUUAUACAGCGCUAUAUUGUUGCCACCAUACAAGGCUGAACGAAGGACUAAAUUAGGGUUCCAAAGUAAAAACAACAAGAGAGUCUACCCUACAAUUUUUUUUAAAGCGAGGACGGAAGUAACUCGAAAGGAAACCUCUUGCCACUAGCUACUCCUCCGUAUAGCAACGAUCAUUUUAAGCUAACUUUGUGUUAUUUAUGAGUCGAACCGAUGUCAGAUAAAACCGUGAAACGUCCAGGAGUUGGGGUCGGGGUGUUGGUGACAGACUCGGCCCACCCGGGCUGUGUUCUCGUGGGGAAACGGAGGAGCCCGAUGGGCUACGGGACGUACCAGCUCCCCGGGGGCCACUUGGAGUUCGGAGAGUCAUGGGAGCAGUGUGCUCAGAGAGAGGUGCUGGAGGAAGCUGGGGUGAGCUUGGUGGACGUCCGCUUCGCCUCGGUGGUGAACUCCAUCAGAGUGGAGGAGCAGUACCACUACGUCACCAUAAUCAUGCAGGGAGAACUGGACCGGAAGCAGUCGGGAGAGCCCGAGAACCUGGAGCCGGAGAAGAAUGAGGGUUGGACGUGGACGCUCUGGGACCGGUUCCCUCCAGAGGAGCAGCUCUUUUUGCCACUUGCAGGUCUGAGGCAGCAAGGCUUCCAGCCGUUCAGGAACCCAGCGGCAAGCGGCGCCGAAUCUCAGCUUUAAGGCAGUCUCUUAACACUGUGAAGCAUUUAUCCUUCCCUAAAGGAUCACACAGAUAGACAUAUGUGAACUUUCCUCAAACAUUGUGUUUGUCUUAUGCUACAUACUGUAUUAUUUGUCAUAUUCUGUCAGAUUUGAAGCAAACAAUGACAAAUAAAAUGCAAAUGCGA